AUGGAGAGGGAUGAGAGACUGAUGGACUUGGUCCGUCAUGUACUCUUGAUCAAUGUAAUCACGAGAAACAAGGUCUCUAGUCUCAUCUCAAUGAUUAACAAGACAGGUGAUAAUCAACGAUUCAUUCGAUUCUUCAACAAGUUGUACAUAAAUAAUGAGGCUGGCCACAACCUUCUGUUGGGUGUACUACUUGAUAACCCUCUAGGAACCAGUACAUACAGUGUACUAGCUUACACUAUCAGACAGACGAUCAAGCAGUCUAUCGUCACAAACAACAAUGUGAUCUUUGGCUUUAUCAUUGAUCGAUUUGUUGCCAUGCCACCAGACUCUGACCAACUUAAUCCAAUCAACAACAUACUCAAGGACCUGUUUAAAGACACUAAACAUGAUCCAAUCGUAUCUCUAAAUCAUUCAUUCAUCAAGCAGCUUAUGGAUGGUGGAUGGACCUUGCCCUCAGUCAUAGUCAAGUUGAUGGCAGUGUCUGCACUCGGGUACCAUGCCGAUAUCGAGUUGUUCGUAUCCAUCGUCAAGCUCAAUUGGAGCCAUCGCUCAUCUAUUCUCAAGCAUUUGAGCGGAGAGGCAGACCCCAAUAACAGCGCUCAUACAGCAAUCUUUAAGCAGAAGUCCAGCGCAACAAUCAUUGAACUAUUUGAUUAUUAUCACAUGCUCACCGAUGGUACCGACCUGGAUGGAGAGUUCUACAUCACACUGCUGGGUCUGGCGUUGUUCCACAAGCGAUGCCGUGUGGCUCUACGCAUCAUCGACAAGGGUUGGCGCCACAUUGAUCGAGACAAGUUCCACACAACAGUGGCAAGGUACGGGGAUGAAUACGCUCUCGGCAAGAUCGAGUACAAACUUCCUAAAGUGUCCAACGAACGAAAGUACAUGCUAUACAAUCUUUUGCACCAGUCCUCUAUCUCUGGAAACAUUGACUACCUUAGAUACAUCCGUUCAGAUCUUGAGGUGGCGGUAUCAACUCCAUCAUAUUAUCAUCAGAACAAUUGUCCAUUCUCAUUUGGUCAGAAAGAAUUGUUGGACAUUCCCUUGGAGCAAGGACGCUUCGAAUGGGUGCGCUAUGUCAUCGAGCACAUUGGUCCGCUAUGCAAGCAAGUUGACAUCAAGUGUGGAACCAACACCAAGUGGACUGUCACUCAACUCAUGAUGAAUGAGCACACUAUGGAAAUGAUGGACUACCUUCUGGAGUCUAGCACUUUGAUCAAGUGCAGCUUCUCGGAGGUUUACAAACAGGCAAUCAUUGCCAGACGCAUGGAUGUCAUAUUGCGCCUUGAAGAGAUGCUGUGCAACACAUCGAUUAUCAACCAUCUUCACAUCGACCUGCAUGCGGCAUUGAAUGAAGCGAUCAAACAACAAUAUGAGGAGGCGGUACGGCUUCUGAUCAACAAUCGGUAUGAUAAGUUUGUGUUCCUAAACUUGGAUUUGGAAGCACUAUCCAAGUGCUCAAUCGAUUUCCAAGACCAGGUGCUCAAACUACUCAAGCCAAAUAGCUUCACUGUCAUUCCUCCUCAACGAUUAUACACUGGUCCAUUCAACAUCUCGCGUGAAACACUGAAUAUGUUCUGUGCGCAUGGACAUGCCCAUCAAUACAGGCAUACAUUGUUCACGACCGCCGCCAGAUUAGGAGUAUAUGACCUGGUGGUCAAGCUCUAUGACCCAUCGGUUAAGAAUCAAAGUUUGAUCGAGGACGUUUGUUUUCGUAGUGGAGACAUCAGGGUGAUCAAGUUCCUCAAGGACAAUGGAUUCCAUUCGAAUCCUGAAACAGAUAUGAUUGGCGCAUUGCUCACAUUCAAUUAUCAAACAAUCGACUACAUAUUGUCUAUGUCUACUGAUGAACAAGCAAUACUGAAUCACUCUGGCGAUAACAUUGAUCGCGCUCGCCAAUACAUUAAAGCCAGUGUCUUCACUUUAUACCUUGAAGAUUGCAUGUGGACUCUGAACCUUAACAAGGAUGAUCGUUUAAAGGACUUCUUUGCGUUUGUUUUUGAGCGCAUUGAUCCAGCCUCCAAGCGCAGUAGCCAGUUCAUCAAUCGAUUGUUGGAAGAGGUCUCACUUGGAUUUCCACUUUACCAAACGAUACUUGAUGCAGUUCUUCCGCUGUCCGAACCUGGACAACUGCCAUACAUCGUACCUCCGACGUUGGAGAGGAUCAAGAGAGGAAUACAAGUGGAUAAAUACCCGAUACAAUCUAUUGAUGCCAAUGUCCAGUUAUUCAACAGUAACAACAUCCUCUACGACAAGUAUCGUUCAAUCAUCAAACCAUUCAAUGACAACGACUACAACCUCUACCAAAUACUUCUUAUCGAGAAUGGCAUUGUCGUUCCAGCAUUUACUAACUAA